GCCAAAAUAUUUACCGGCGACGUCAGCUUCCCAUGGGUGUCGUCUAUUUGCUGGUACAUAAGUUAGCACGCUAGCGUUAAAGUUAAUUUGAUGGUAGUUGUAGUAAACACUUACGUGGGUAGUAAAACUACAAAUGAAAAGUAGCUAGUAAGUCUGGAAAUUGUCAACAUUUUAGUACAAACUUCUUUGAACUUCAAUAAGUUAAGUUGUAACGUAGAUCAUUUGCAGUAAGAGUGAUGCAUGGUUAAGGUGGAAAGGAGCAGGGUUUUUGGCAGUGCUGAGUUCGACAGAAGGAACGUUAGCCUGCUGCGUAUUGAAUUAGGUCGCUCUUGUCAGAAUUUGGAUCAGACUAUUCGCCGGAAGGGGAUUAGUCUAACGUUAACCACAAACUUGGAAUAAUGGCAAGCCAACCUUAUUAUAGACAACAUUAAUUACACGGGCCAGAUCUAUCUGUGGAAGAUGAACCUCAUGACUUGGAACAUUCACACAAUUUCUGAUGGGACAGCAAGGAGAGUAAUUUCUCUGGACUAAGUGAAGAUCUCCCUCUUGAAUAAGUGUGAAACAUGCCCCUGCCAUUUGGCUUAAAACUUAAAAGGACUCGAAGGUAUACUGUUUCAAGCAAGAGCUGUCUUGUCACUCGUAUUCAGCUGCUCAAUGGAGAGUUUGUUGAGUUUACACUUUCAGUGGAGAGCACUGGUCAGGAAUGUUUGGAGGCAGUUGCCCAGAGACUUGAGUUAAGAGAGAUAACGUACUUCAGCCUAUGGUACUUAAACAAGCAGAACCAGCAAAGAUGGAUUGACUUGGAGAAGCCACUGAAAAAGCAGCUGGACAAGUAUGGGCUGGAGCCCACUGUUUACUUUGGAGUAGUGUUUUACAUACCCAGUGUCACCCAACUCCAACAGGAGAUCACAAGAUAUCAGUAUUACCUACAGCUGAAGAAGGAUGUUUUGGAGGGCAGGAUCUCAUGCUCGCUUGAACAAGCUAUUCGUUUAGCUAGCCUGGCAGUGCAAGCUGACUUUGGAGACUUCAAUCGCUACGAUUCCCAGGAGUUCCUCCAGAAGUUUGCGCUGUUUCCAAUUGAAUGGAUCCAGGAUGAGCGAGUGCUGGAAGAGGCCACUCAGAAAGUGGCUCUUCUUUAUCAGUCCUUCAGGGGUUUAUCACCCCCAGAGGCAGAGAUGUUGUACAUGCAGGAGCUGGAGAAAAUGGAAGGCUAUGGCCAGGAAAGCUAUCAAGCCAAGGACAGUACAGGUACAGAUGUUACCCUGGGAUCCUGCCUCGAUGGCAUCUUUGUCAAGCAUAAAAAUGGCAGGCCGCUUCUUUUAUUUAGGUGGAAUGAAAUUAACAACAUGAGUCACAACAGGUCCUUCUUUGCCCUGGAGCUAGCCAACAGAGAGGAGAGUGUUCAGUUCCAGACCGAAGACAUGGAAACCUCAAAAUAUGUGUGCCGGAUGUGUCUGGCCAGACUCAAGUUUUAUAAGAUUAACAAGAGCAGCCUCCAAACCCAGCCCACAGUUGUCAACCCAGUCAGACGGAGAUCCUCUACUAGAAUAUCUCUGCCAAAGCCUCAGGCCUACUUGAUGCCCCCUCCGCAAAUGCACUACAAUGGCCAUUUCACAGAGCCUUACACAUCAUCACAAGACAACCUGUACAUGAACAAUCAGAACGGUUAUUACUACCACUCCCAGACCAGCCUGGACUGCUCUCCUCUGGAAUACAGCAGCGGAGGGCGUUUACGUAACGGCAGCGUGUACAGCGCCCACAGCACCAGCUCUCUAACCAAUCCCCAGCACUACCUUCAGCCCUCACCCAUGUCCUCCAACCCCUCCAUCACUAGCGAUAUCACCAGGCCGGACUAUGUCCCCUCGCAUCGCCACAGCGCUCUCAUUCCACCUUCCUACCGCGCCACACCUGAUUACGAGACAGUGAUGCGUCAGAAGACCAGAGGAGCAGGAGGUGGGAUGGUUUUGUCUCAAGAGCACAGGCAGAGCCACUCCAUGAGGAACCUGAACAUUGGAAACUCGUACGCCUACAGCAGACCAGACCCUCUAGUUUACAGCCAGCCAGAGAUCAGAGGGGAACACGGUGGUGCAGCCCAACACCAUCACUAUCCCUUCCAUCUGGGCUCCAGCUUCCACAGUCCCUCUCCAUACCCCUACCCUACAGAGAGGAGGCCCGUAGUGGGCGCGGUUAGUGUCCCAGAGCUCACUAAUGUCCAGUUACAACAGGCACAGGAGUAUCCAGCCCCGAACAUCAUGAGGACACAAGUGUACCGACCGCCUCCACCCUACCCGUAUGCCCAUCCUCGGCCUGCAAACAGCACACCUGACCUGUCACGUCACUUGUAUGUCAGCAGCAGCAACCCAGACCUGAUCAUCACGAGGCGUGUGCACCACUCAGUCCAGACUUUCCAGGAGGACAGCCUGCCUGUUGCCCACUCUUUACAAGAGGUGUCAGAGCCUCUUUUCAGUGGACCCCCACACAGACACCCGUACCAUGCUCAGAAGCGUAACUCCAUUGAGAUUGCUGGAUUAGCACAUAGUUUAGAGGGGAUGAGGGUCAAAGAGCGGACCGUGUCUACUUCAGGAGCUGAAACUUCCACGCCCCCUCCCGUCCUGAGUGGUGGUCGCUCUCAGGGCUCUCAGCUCAACGUUUAUUUGGAGCGUACCAAGACAGAGAACAGGGGUGACAUUAAGGAGGACAUACAGUAUGGACACAAAAAGUCCCUUUCAGAUGCCACCAUGCUGGUUCACAGCAGUGGUGAAGAAGAGGAGUUUGAGGACGAUAGUGGGCGUCACACUCCACUUUCUCAGGAUGCAGUAGCAGCGAUUGUUCCUGACCAGGUGUCACAACAGCAUCAUAGUUUGACAUCUCUCUCUUCUCUGACGCCUCAGCAGCAGACUCCCAUAGAGCCGCCUCCUGCAUAUCCCAUAGGCUCCUCUCUAGACCCCUCUAUAACCAGCUCCUUGACCUACAAGGUUCACCCCUUGAUCCAGGAGGGGGAGCCUCUGUACUUGCUGCCAGAUUUACGACAGACCAGGAUAAUGCCGUCGGUCUCUGAGGGAGACCUGAGUGGCCAGGCCAAGCAGAAGACUAAGAAAGACUUAAAGAAAAGGCCUGUGUCUGAUGUGCCGCCUGGAAAGAAAACAGUAGAAGGCUUGCCCCCUCCGGGCAUGAAGAGAGGAAUUAGGUCAGAGGUGAAGAAGAUGGGCCCUCUGAAGGUGGCCCAUCUCAAUGGGCUGUCAGUGUCCAGGCAGCCAAUGCACGACGAGGUCAAGGAUGACCCUGAAACAGCCUCUAAUGACGAGAGGUGUAAAGCACUGGAGCAGCAUAUGGAGAUGGGAGAGCUGUUAAAAGAGUACGAGAGUAUCCCAAAGCGUCGUUUAUCAGGCGGAUGCACCAUCGCCCUGCUGCCAGAGAGCGGAGACAAAAACCGCUUCCAAGACGUCCUGCCUUACGAUGACACCCGAGUGGAGCUGGUUCCCACUAAAGAGAACAACACAGGCUACAUAAACGCAUCACAUAUUAAAAUAACUGUAGGUGGACAGGAGUGGAGCUACAUCUGCACACAGGGUCCCCUGUCGAACACGUGUCCGGACUUCUGGCAGAUGGUGUGGGAGCAGGGUGUCUCCAUCAUCGCCAUGGUCACUGCUGAAGAGGAGAACGGCCGAGAAAAGAGCUUCCGGUAUUGGCCCCGACUCGGCUCACGACACAACACGGUGACGUAUGGUCGGUUCAAGAUCACGACGCGGUUCCGCACAGAGUCCGGCUGCUACGCCACCACAGGGCUAAAGAUCAAACACCUCCUGACGGGCCAAGAGAGGACUGUCUGGCACCUGCAGUACACAGACUGGCCUGACCACGGCUGUCCUGAGGACUUCAAAGGCUUCCUCGCCUACCUGGAGGAGAUCCAGUCUGUGAGGAGACACACGAACAGCAUCAGUGACCCAAAGAACACCAACCUACCUGUGCUGGUCCACUGCAGUGCUGGAGUGGGACGGACUGGAGUGGUCAUCCUGUCUGAGAUCAUGAUAGCCUGUCUAGAGCACAACGAGGCGCUGGAUGUCCCAAAAUACCUCUUUAUGCUGCGUGAGCAGAGAAUGAUGAUGGUUCAGACCUUGUCUCAAUACAGCUUCGUCUACAAGGUCCUCAUCCAGUACCUCCGCAACUCUAGGCUCAUAUGAGCUGUCUGUCCGGCCCAACUUCACUCUUUGCUCCAGAUUUAUGCCAAACUGCACUGUGAAGAUGCAGCCAUAUAAACCUGUUCAAUGUAGCGGUCAAUUUUUGGCGAUAUCGACUCAGGCAAGGCUGAAGGAAUGAUGUGUGGAUGUACAAGAAAGAAGCGAUGAAGGAGUAUAUAGACUUUUGACCUGCCUCUAAACAGUAUUAUAUAUAUAUUAUUUUUUACAUACGUUAUUGCUUAAUAAACCCCGCACUUUUACAGUACUUUGCUGUACAUAAUGAACCAAUGUUAAGCUGCAUUAAAAUACCUUUUAAUAUAGAUGUGUAUCAAAAAAGUUGUAUUUUCAUUUGACUACGGUCAUUUUUAAAUAAAUGUUUUGUAUUGCGGUGUGGUCAACUGUUGGUUAUGAUAAUGAAGGACUUUUCUAUAGUAAUUAAGACAGUGGAGUGUCUCAUGAAGGUUUGAUUAUGGAGGUCAGAGUUCAGGCAGAUUUUAUCUUUAUCACGUGGCCUCUGGUGGAACAGGGGUUUGUCCCUCCAUUUCACUUAAGACAAUUUACAUUUAACAGAAUGAUGCUAUUGUAUACCACUUACCUUGUGCUACUUUGUACGGGCAAAAUUCCUGUUAAAAAAGCCUAAGUACCGACUAAACAAAGUAUCUGCUAAAAGCAAGUGCAUAAAUGUGAUUGUCGUCAGUGGGAGAUGGAUUGGUUUUUAUAAAACACUAGAUUGAUGGGAAGUAGAAAUGCGUUGCACAGGUUCCAGAAAUAAUCAUUCAUAUAUUUCAUCCCUUUUUUGUUUUAUCAGGAGAACUCUGUUGUAUUUGAGCUGGAGCAGUAUACAUUUAGUUUGCCAAGACAAAGUGCCUAAAUAUCUGCAUUGUAAAGUUAAAAGGGCUGAACAUGUUUGCAUAAUACGAAGGAAAUGUGUCAUUUCUUGCUUGAUUUAUUGCAGUGAUAACUUGAUUAUUAAUGCUAAUCGAUCCAUUUGAGAAACACCCCAGCAUAAAGCACAAGCAUUGCAAACCGGAUAAUUUAAAAGAUCCUUUAAGUUGGAAAAGUCUGGCCUUAGUUUCAUUGUUAAUUACAUACAAAUUGGGGAAAUGAGGCCUUUUGACAGUAUUCAGAUGUCACUAACAGUGCUGUGCAGUGUGUUGGCUAUGGUGCUCACAGAAUAUCCAAGGGACAGAUCAUCUCUAGUUACAGUAUUCUGCCGCGCUUUUCACACCAGUGAGAAAUGUCCCUCUGCAGAGACACUUCCUGCUGUUACCCAUGGCCCCCUGACUAUUAAAGAACAGGAGCCGGACGCAGUACGUGUCCAUUUCCUAAUGCAGCUAUGGGUAGUAUUUAGAGCUCAAUUAUGAAGUUAACCUGUACAGAAACAAUGCUUGCUGGCAUUGCAAAGUUUACAUGGAUGUUUUUAACUAUUUGAAUUUGAAAUAAUUUGCCUACGUUAUCAAUUCAAGGCACCAACUGAUUUUUUAAUGUGGCUGAAGUGAUUAAUCCGUCAUUUGUCCUACCCUGAUGUUGUUGGUGUCAGACUUGGGCAAUGAUCUUACUGGAGAAAAAUAUAUCUUAAUUGAUGUUGAGAUGUAUUUUAACUGGAUCUUUUUUUAAGGCCCAUAUGAAUUUGCUUCAUAUUUUGUUUUUUGGUUUUAAAGAUACUGAUUGAGUCUUACUGUGGAGACUAAAGAGUGAUUUGUGGCCAAGGUGCAACUGUUCUGUCCAUGUUGUUCAUAAUGUACACAAUGUAAAAUUAGCUUUUAUGAAUAUUGGUUAUUGUACAAACUAUGUAUAAACUGUACCUAUUGAACAAAAAAUUAUAUGCCAUUGGAAACAAAGUGUAGAAAACAUUUUCAGCCAAAAAUAAAUAUUUGGAAAUAA